AUGAAAUCUAUAUUUCUCAUUCGUCGUCGUAACUCUUAUCAUCAAGAAAAUAUCUCAAAAAAAUAUCAAUAUGAUAAAGUUUUUGCUCCAACUUUAGCAUCUUAUUUUCAUAGAACCUAUAUGAUGUUUAUCGAUGGUAUGUCUAUUGUUGAUAAACAUUGUCAAGAAACAACAUUAGAUCGAAAUGUUUGUAUAAAAAUGGCACUUUUGCGUAUAUGGUCAACUAUUUGUGAACGAAAAAACAAUGCAAUUAUUACUUGUGAUAAUGAUCUUCAAUAUUUCGGUGAGUAUGCUAAAAUGUUACUUGCUGACAUUGAUCAUAUUUAUGAACACAAAAUGAAAACGAAAUUCGUAUCUAUUCAUGGAAUGCCAUUAGCAAAAACCUUUCUUCAACAAACAUCAAAUAAUCAAAAUCAUUUUUCAUAUGAUUUAAUUACGAUUAGUGAUGUUAUACAAAAUACAAAUGUUGUUAAUAAACAAUCACUUUCAUUGAAACCUUCUUCCUUACACAGUAAACUAAACGAAGGAAUCAACAACAAUCUCUCUGAUCAAAAAUUAUUUCUUAAUCUUCAUUCAUCAGAAUUAUUAACUAUAUUGACAGAAUUCUAUGAAAAAGAAAAGACACUACAAGUAUAUAGAAUUUUUCAUCCACAUACUUUUAUCUUACUUGAUCAAUUCACACCAUUAACUAUAGGUAUUGUUACUGAAACUAAAUAA